AGCGCGGGCGGCCGCAGGCGGCGGCGCGGCGGCUCGGAGGCGCCCGGCCCUCUCGGGGCCGCGCGGGGCGCGGGUGGCGGCGGCGGCGGCGCGGCGGGAGGCGGAGGCGGAGGCGGGCGGCGUCCACGAGGCCGGCCCGCGCCCGCAGGAGGAGGCCAUGAACGGCGACCGGACCGAGAGCGACUGGCAGGGGCUGGUGAGCGAGUACCUAGUGUGUAAAAGAAAGCUGGAGAGUAAAAAGGAAGCUCUGCUGAUCCUCUCCAAGGAGCUGGACACAUGCCAGCAAGAAAGGGACCAGUACAAACUCAUGGCCAAUCAGCUUCGAGAGCGCCACCAAUCCCUGAAGAAGAAAUACCGAGAGUUGAUCGAUGGAGAUCCAUCACUUCCCCCUGAAAGAAGGAAACAGGCUAAUCUUGCACAGCUACUGAGAGAUUCUCAGGACCGAAAUACACAUCUGGGAGAAGAAAUUAAAGAACUUCAGCAAAGGCUUGCAGAAGUCCAGGGUGACAAUAAGCUCUUGAGAAUGACAAUUGCCAAACAGAGGCUCGGAGACGAAGAAAUUGGCGUGCGACACUUCGCAGCUCACGAGCGUGAAGACUUGGUUCAGCAGCUGGAGAGAGCCAAGGAGCAGAUUGAGUCUCUGGAGCAUGACCUACAGGCCUCUGUGGAUGAGCUUCAGGAUGUGAAAGAGGAGCGGUCUUCCUACCAGGACAAAGUGGAGAGGCUCAACCAGGAGCUAAACCGUAUCCUGGGCGGGCACGAGAACCGUCUCAUCGACGUGGAUGCCCUCUGCAUGGAGAACAGGUACCUUCAAGAGAGACUAAAGCAACUUCAUGAAGAGGUCAACCUCUUGAAAUCAAACAUUGCCAAGUACAAGAAUGCUCUCGAGAGACGGAAAAACUCAAAAGGCCAGAGUAAAUCUAGCAGCAGUGCGCUAACUGGAGUCUUGUCUGCAAAGCAAGUUCAGGAUCUGUUGUCUGAGGAUCACGGGUGCAGUCUCCCAGCUACUCCACAGUCCAUUUCUGAUCUGAAAUCUCUGGCAACGGCCCUACUAGAGACAAUCCACGAGAAAAACAUGGUCAUCCAGCACCAGAGGCAGACCAGCAAAAUCCUAGGGAAUCGGGUGGCUGAAUUGGAGAAAAAGUUAAGAACUCUGGAAGUUUCUGGUUUGUGGAGUCUUCCAGGCCUGAGCUACAAUGUUUCAGUAGGAUUCGGGAGGGGCAAGGACACCAUACUGUUCGGCGACCCCGCUGUUCCCACCAUACAGAGAUCAAGGUCUCCCCUGCUGAAGUUCAUCGAGCAGCCUGCUGAGAACAAAACGAAUUCCAAGGACGGGGAGAUCCAGACGCAAGAACGAAAUGAAAGUCGUGCCGCCACCGAGGCACUGACAGCACCUGAGGACGCGGGAAGGCCCGCCAUCAGCUCCCCGGCAAACCAGAGCCACGGGAACCAAUGCAACCCCUUUCAUCCUUCAUUACCGCAGGUACCCUCUGAGGAAGAAGAAACGAACAGGCUUGGAAGGGAAAUCACGAAACUGACAGAGGCACAGGCAGAGGCAGAACCAGAAGGGGCCAGAAGAGCAGGUCCCGGGGAGGCUCAGAGGAACGAGAUGGGGACAGCCACACUGGGCCUGACCUCCAGGGGGGAGGCCCCCAAAUCUUGCCAGGGCCCCACUGAGUCCAGCCAGGCAGCGGCCGAAGCCUCCGCCGCGGAGGACAGCAAGGAGACCCUGGAGGGUGCAGGCAGGAGGAGCCCCGUGAAAACAUGAAGGGGAAAGGGAUCCCCGCGAUGUCACGUCAGAGGCACGGGGGACGGUAAAGAAUCAAGCAUCAGAGCAGCUUUCGGAGGCGACUCUCUCCUAAAACACUUCCAAGUCUGCAAGUGAGAAGGGACACAGGUCCUGUUGCAAACUGAACAUGCUGAUGAUGCCAGCACAGUGCGAUUUAUUAAAUGCCGGUCCUCAA